UGUUUACACAUCUUCGAAUUUUGAUUCCGGCUAGUUGUCAAAAAUUCAAUUUUGAUAAUGUACUUACACUUUUUAUGGAUUUCGAAUUAAUUUGACAAAAAGUGAUCCUCAUUGUAAUUAAAAAUGUAUUUCAAGUAUUAUAUCACCUUUUUAAUUUGUAUCUGUUACCUUACUAAAAUAACAGAAAGUUUAUACUUCCACAUCUCAGAGACUGAACGAAAAUGCUUCAUAGAAGAAAUACCUGAUGAAACUACAGUUCUAGUUCAUUAUAAAGUGGAAUUAUUCGAUCCUAGGACCAACGGAUUUAUGCCUUCUCAGCCUGGUAUAGGCAUGCAUGUCGAAGUGAAAGAUCCAGAUGAAAAAACCAUAUUAUCAAGAGUUUACAGCGCCGAAGGUAGACUGUCAUUCACUUCGCAUACUCCCGGCGAACAUAUCCUGUGUUUAUAUUCAAAUUCAACCAAAUGGGUUGGAGGAACUCAAUUACGUGUCCAUUUCGAUAUACAAGUCGGUGAACAAGCUAUUGAUUAUGCCCAAGUUGCUCAUCAAGAAAAAUUACCCGAAUUGAAUUUACGUGUCAGACAGUUACUCGGUCAAGUAGAUCAGAUCAUGAAGGAACAGAAUUAUCAAAGAUAUCGCGAAGAACGAUUCCGUGCCACGAGUGAAAGCACCAAUCAACGCGUGUUCUGGUGGUCCAUUUCUCAAGUUAUUGUCCUCGUAUGUUUAGGUUUUUGGCAAAUGAGACAUUUGAAGAGUUUCUUUGAAGCUAAAAAACUCGUUUAAAUUUAAGCAUUUUCAAAUUUCUAUGUUUUCACGGAUCGAAUUCUAAAUAUUCGGUGAUCUUUCGAAUGACAAUUUUUAAAUCGAUGUAUCCGUGUAGUCAUUUUUAAAUACGGAUUUUAUCCUGCGUUGAUUGUCACCUGGAAUGAAUAAUUUUUCGUAAAAAAUACUUAUCUUUAAGAAUUUGGAGUGAGUUUUGUUCUUUUUCCAUGGUAGAAGUAAAUAAAUUGUUGUUGGACGUACAUUAUGUAUUAUAAAUUCGUCUCGUACCAUUUUUUUUCGUGUGUAUUUAUUCGCGAUAAUUAAUUAUGUAAUUGAAUUGUUGUGUUUUGUAAAUAUUGUUAUUAUAUUGAUAUAAAAUAGUAUUAUUUACCAA